CGCACAAGGUUUCUGAAUCGACGUGACCGGCGCGCGCCUUGUCGCGUCGCGUUCGCGCUUCCGGGACGACGGCAUCGCGACGCCAGAAUGAAGCUCGACCUCUUCGUCACGUGCGUCACGAUUCUGCCGGCACUAUUGAUCACGUCGACGUGCGAGAUAAACGCUGUCCCGGCGGAAAACGCGACGGCACUCGAGAGCGUGAAUGAUUACGCCCAGGUCCUGGAGCUCUCGUUAUUGUUUUACGAGGCGCAGCGUUCUGGUAAUCUGCCGAAGAACAACAGAAUUCCGUGGCGAGGUGACUCCGCAUUGUACGACCGCGGCUCGAACGGCGAGGAUCUAACCGGAGGAUACUACGAUGCUGGUGACUUCGUUAAAUUCGGCUUCACGAUGGCUUUCACGACGACGCUUUUAGCCUGGGGUGCGGUCAAUUGGCCGGAGGCCUACGACGCCGCCGGUCAACUCGACGAAGUUCGUCGAGCUAUCAAAUGGUCUACCGAUUACUUUAUCAAGUGUCACGUAGGCGAGAACGUGCUGUACGGGCAAGUCGACGAUUUUCCCAUCGAUCACAUGUUUUGGGGGAGGCCCGAGGAGUUGAACACCACCAGGCCCACCUACAAGAUUGAUGCGGAGCAUCCUGGCUCCGAUCUUGCUGGCGAAACGGCCGCCGCUCUCGCGGCCUCGAGCAUCGUCUUCAACAGCGUCGAUCCCGAGUACAGCGCCGUAUGUCUCGAGCACGCGAAGGACCUGUACAAAUUCGCUGACGUUUAUCGCGGCCUUUAUCACGAGGCGAUACGCGGCGCCGAGCGGUAUUACGAGAGCACGGAUUACGGCGACGAGCUGGCAUGGGCCGCGAUCUGGCUCUUCAGGGCUACCGGAGACACCAAGUACUUCGACGACGCGGUGCAUCAUUAUCAGCAUUUCCAUCUCAAGGAACGACCGAACGCGUUCUUUUACAACAAGAAAGUUGCCGGUAUCCAGGUGCUGCUGGCCGAGCUGACGGGACAAUCCGAGUACCAGAAUGCCACCCGCGCGUUCUGCGACUUCUCGGUGCGGCAACAGAAACGCACGCCGAAGGGCCUUUUGUUCAUCGAUAAGUCUGGUACACUUUCUCACGCCGCUAACGUGGCCUUCGUCUGCCUGGUAGCGGCGGACUCCCUGGAAAUCGGCGACUCGCGGGAAUACCGUCGAUUCGCCAGGGAACAAAUUGACUACAUGCUAGGUGGAGCGGGAAGGAGUUACGUGGUUGGACACGGUAAAAAUUCACCGAAACAGCCGCACCAUGCCGCGUCUUCUUGCCCCAACAGACCGGCGCCCUGCGGGUGGCAGGAAUUCAGCAAGAACGUGCCGAAUCCGCAGAUUCUCUACGGCGCUCUAGUCUCGGGACCGGACGAGGUGGACACGUUUAAAGAUUGUCGAGAGGAGUACGCCUACACGGAAGUCACGUUGGAUUACAACGCUGGCUUCACCAGCGCGCUCGCCGGGCUGCAUCAACUGCAAUUGCAGAGUGCGGAUAGAGGAGCGUCGAAAGAAAACUGAUUUGUAGUUUUAAUCGAAGGAUAGGCGAAUUUUCAUGUAAAAAUGAGGGUCUCGCUGAUUCUUUGUAGUGAAAUACAAAAGAACCUGCAUUUAUGUAGAAAAUUACGCAUUGAUUUGAUUUUACAUUGUUAAUAUUAACAAAGCGAUAACGAAGCGUGAUAUAGUAUCUUAAAGUAAUAAAGCUGACGUUUCACGUUAGUAAUCUUAAGAUUGUUUUAAAUUCGAAUGCAACUAUUGAAAAAUUAAACUUGCAUAGAAGAUUACGAUAGUUUAUGUUAACAGUAUUCAAUUAAAUGUAAAUUGAUUACAUCAAGGCAGAACUAAAAGGUGACAUGCGAGCGUGUCCAGAGCAGCGUUUGCGCGUAAAUAAAGCAUCGUUUUGUUUUACAAUGAUAGAGUUUAAUUUAUUCGCAGUCCGUAAUGGUUUAGAUGCGCUUGACAAAAUUGUAACUUCACGGCACUUUACGAGGAGGUAAAAUAAAAAGAAAAUGCCUAGAUGGUCAUCGAUCGUAAGUCUACGUACGUGCGCGAGUGGAGCCAUAGUGCAAUAUCGAUCGCGUGUUCAUAAACAAAAACAAACGGUGAAACAGCUUUUAGAGAAAAAGUGACAGUAUGCGAAAGUGAUAGCAAUAAAUUAAACGCAAUGUCCUUCGUAGGACAUUCUGAACGAUUGAUUGUUAAAAAUACUAUUAUUCUUAUCUUCCGUUCUUAUAUUCUUUCAAAAUGUUUUAGGAAACUGAAUUACUACUUUGUUACUAUUUCUUGUUGGUAAGUCUACGAUUAUGUGAAACGUUGCUUAAAACGAAGCAUGGUGUGUUUCGUUACGCGACUAGGUGGUUUCUUGUAUCUUGUCUCUCUUUAAUAGAUCGAUUAACGACAUAUGUGUCAUAUCGAAGAGAGAGAUAAGUAAGAGCAUGUACAAUUCUCGUAAGAAAUGCAAAAUUACAGCAAGAAUUUUUCCCGUAAGCGCCUGAGUUUUUCGAAAAUAAAAUAUACGAGAAUAAAGAC